AUGGGAACAGAAAGUGAAGUAAAUGCCGCGCAGGCGCCGGUGGGAACGAGAGAUGAAGCCAUCGCCAUUGUAGGCGAGGAGCAGCACUCGAUUGAUCCCAUCGUCGCGGCGCGCGCAGUCCGAAAGAUUGAUUUGUUUCUCAUCCCCGCCAUGAUCAUAGGAUAUGGCCUCGUAUACUACGACAAAGCUAUUCUCGGUUCAGCAGUUCUCUUCGGCAUGACGACGGAUUUACACCUCACCAUUGUUGAUGCAACGACUACACCGCCAACAGUCGACACUCGUCGCCUAAGCUGGGCAACGUCGCUGUUCUACUUUGGAAUGCUGGCGGGUUUGUAUCCCAUGACAUUCGCUCUUCAGAGGUUCAACAUCGGUCGUGUUCUCGGCGGCGUGGUCGUUGUGUGGGCUGCUAUUUGCAUGCUGACUGCUGCGGUGACGUCCUACCAAGGUUUAUACGUGCAGCGAUUCUUCCUCGGUUUCGUAGAGAGUAUUAUCCCUACUGGGUUCAUGUGUAUUGUCUCGGGGUACUAUACGCAAUCUGAGCAGUCGCUGCGACAGAGUUGGUGGUUCUCGUCGACGGGACUGUUCACCAUUAUUGGUGGAGCGAUGAACUAUGGCUUUGCGCAGAUUACGGGUGGGGGAUUGAAGAGAUGGCAGUACAUCUAUCUCCUCGCUGGAUCUCUCACCUUUCUCUUUGGACUGUUCUGCUUCAUUAUGCCGAAUUCGCCUGUGUCAGCUUGGUUCCUCACUUCUGAGGAACGCUUCGCUGCUGUUGAGCGUUUGAGACACGGACAAACUGGUGUGCGCUGCACCAAGUUCAAAAGCUCGCAGCUCAAAGAAGCCAUACUCGACGUCAAGAUCUGGCUUGUCGCACUGAUGAUGGCAUCAGCAUAUACCGUUAACGGUGCUGUAAGCGGUUUCGGACCCCUCAUCGUCUCGACCUUCGGCUGGAGCACCCUGCACUCCAUCCUGUUCCAGUUCCCCCUCGGCGGACUGUGCUUCAUCGUGAUUCUCCUCACAGGCUGGCUAGGCUCCAAGUUCACCAACAUCCGCAUCUUCAUGCUCAUCUUUACAUGUCUCCCCGUCAUCGCAGGUUGUGCCAUCAUCUGGAAGAGUGAGUGGAGUUACCGCGCUGCUGCGCCGGUGGUGGGAUACUCAAUUACAGGAUUCUUUGGGGGCACGGUGAGUCUGAUAAUCACUAUUGGAAUGUCCAAUGUUGCGGGUCAUACGAAGAAGAGUUUUAUGGCUGCUACGAUAUUUGUGGCGUAUUGUGUGGGAAAUAUUGUUGGACCGCAGCUUGUUUGGAGUCAGACGAAGAAGGAUCAUUAUCCUGCUCUUUGGUUGGGGCUGAUUAUCUGUUACAUCAUUUGUAUUUGUGCGUCGACUACGCUGUACUUUGUUCUGAGGAAUGAGAACAAGAGGAGGGAUGCUCUGGGGUUGGGAGAAGAGAGUGAGAGAGCGAAGCUGGCGUUCCAGGACUUGACUGAUAAGGAGAACCCUUACUUUCGUUACGUUUACUGA